GAGCAAUGCUAACUGAGACGGCUGUGCAGGGCUGCUGUUGCGGGUAGUGGAGGCCGCGGCACGGUGGACUUCUAAGGAGCACAAGGAAGAAGAAGAAGUAAUGAUUAAAAGCGACGAAGCAGCCAUUGUUGGUUGGUUUUGAAUAGAGGGUGCUAACAGUAACAGAAGUCAUACUCCGUAGUCAAAUUGGGGAAGAUAAAGCCCGUCAAUAGAUCUUCUUAUGGUCGCCGUGGAUGGGCCAAUUAGCUUCCACAGCUGCCGGAGCUCGAAAUCAAACCCACCGGUCAGAGUCCGGUUCUACUGCUUUGGUUGCUCCGAUGCACGGCGCUGACCAAUCCGAUGACGCCGUCUCCGGAUACUUCCCCGACUACUCAUCCAACAUUCCCGAUGAGUGCUUAGCUUGCAUUUUCCAAUCUCUAAGCUCCGCCGAUCGUAAACGUGUCUCCCUCGUUUGCCGUCGGUGGUUCACGGUCGAAGGCCAGAGCCGGCACCGCCUGUCUCUCCACGCUCAGGCGGAGCUCACCCCAGCGGUUCCUUCCCUUUUUUCGAGAUUUGAUUCGGUAACGAAGCUGGCUUUGAAAUGCGACCGCAGAUCUGUGAGUAUCGGAGACGAUGCAUUGAUUCUCAUCUCGCUUCGGUGCCCCAAUCUCACUAGGUUAAAGCUGCGGUGUUGCCGGGACCUCACGGAUGCGGGGAUCCAAGUUUUCGCGAAGAACUGCAUCUCUCUAAAGAAGCUUUCCUGUGGAUCCUGCACCUUCGGAGCUAAAGGCAUGAACGCCAUCCUCAAUUACUGCUCCUCUCUUGAGGAACUAUCAGUGAAACGCCUCCGCGGAAUUGCUAACGGAUCUAUGGCUGAUCCAAUCGGCCCUGGGGCUGCAGCCGCAUCACUCAGAGUUAUUUGUUUGAAGGAGCUAUACAACGGACAAUGUUUCGGACCCUUAAUGAUUGGAUCGAAGAAUCUGAAGACUCUUAAGCUCUUAAGGUGCUCUGGCGAUUGGGAUAAUCUCCUGGGAUCCAUUUCCGAUCAGGUCAGUGGGCUUGUAGAGGUUCAUGUGGAGAGGCUUCAGGUUAGUGAUGCUGGUCUGGCUGCGAUUUCGAAUUGUUCAAAUCUUGAAAUCUUGCACAUUGUGAAAACUCCAGAAUGCACUAACACCGGGUUAAAAAAUGUUGCCCAACACUGUAAACUUCUCCGUAAACUCCACAUUGAUGGGUGGAAAACAAACAGGAUAAGCGACGAGGGAUUGCUGGCUGUGGCAAACCACUGUCUUACUUUACAAGAACUAGUUUUGAUUGGUGUCAAUCCGACUCUAAUUAGCUUAGAGAAACUUGCUUCAAACUGUCUAAAUUUAGAAAGAUUAGCUCUUUGUGGAAGCGAGACCGUGGGUGACCUGGAGCUCUCCUGCAUCGCUGCAAAAUGCACUGCAUUGAAGAAGCUUUGCAUAAAGAGUUGUCCGGUGUCAAACCUGGGAAUGGAAUCACUUGCCAACGGGUGUCCAAAUCUGGUUAAGGUGAAGGUUAAGAAAUGCAGGCUGGUAACUUCUGAAGUCGCAGAGUGGUUGAGAGUGUAUCGGGGUUCGCUUGCUGUGAAUUUGGACAGUACUGUUGUGAUUGAUAAUCAGGAGGCUGUUGCUAGUGACGAUGGGGUGUCCGAAGCCGGUCAAGAAAACCGACAAGCGGGUCCAAACAUCACCAGGAGAUCAAGCUCCUUCAGGGCGAGGCUGGGAUUUCUGACGGGGCGAAACUUAGUUGCUUGCACAUUGAGGAGAUGGUCAAGUUUUGGCGCGAGUUCGAGGAAUAAUAGCUAAGAAGAAACUGAUUUCAUUUAUACUAUGCUUGGUUCAAAGAAUUUGAAAGGGAAAAGAUAAGAAAAUGAGAGAGAAAACAACUUUUUUUGUUUGUUUAGAGAGGAAAAAGAAAGAUAAGUGGAAGGAAAAGAAAAUGGGAGAAGAAAUGGAAAAUGAUUUCCCUUCCAUUUUGGUGUGGAAAAAGUGAAAAAACGUCUUUCUUUUCUGUUUCUUUCUAAUUCCACGAACCAAACAUAGUGAUAGGGAGUGCUGAAGUCUAAUCAUCAUCUGAAGUUUACUUGUUCUUAGCUUGGUAGAACACUCCAGCCUCUCGUUUCAAGGGUAUUGUUUGUGUUUGUUUUUAUCAUUUACUGAGGCAAGGGGUCCAUAUGAUGUUCGAUUAUGGAAUCGGAUAAAUAUGUUCAUAGGAACCUCUUUUGUUUGUCGUGCUUGUCCCUUUCUAUUGUUUGGCGUGUUAAUCAAUUUGGGUGAACGGU